AGUUCGACACCACCCGACAACUGCGCGAUGUGUAAAUCGAGGUGGCAAACGCCAGACCGAAGGUGAAGUUGCCGUCUUCGAAGCACAUUCGGACUGUCAUGCUCGAGUUCAUUUUCAUGCGCAUUCAAAAGCAAGUGGAGCCUUUGACAAAAUGUUGGGAUGUCACCGGCUGCACUUUCAUCACGGACGGGUCUAACGAUCGGAGGGAGCGGCCUGUCAUGAACUUCUAUGCGGCAGGGGAGCAGGGAGCUGUUUUAGUGGCGACGGUGCACAUGGACGGCAAGAAGAAGACGGGAGCAGCGUUGGCGAAACUUUGGGAGAAAACAAUGAGGGAAAUCGGGCUGCAUCGCAUCAAUGCGAUUUGCACUGACAAUGCGGAGGUGAACAAGAGAGCAGCUCAAAUUUUGGAACGACGCACGGACCCUACGGUUUCAAGGAUACCUUGGGUUCCCUGCGUUGCACACUGCUGCAGCUUGCUGCUAAGGGACAUCAGCAAGUUGGACUGGGUGAAGGGCAUAGUGAAGCGGGGCCACACCAUCGUCAAUUUGAAGGACAUGGUGGAGGCGAUGAAUGUGGGGAAAUGGAAGGCGAUGCGGUGGUCGAGCUCGAAGCUGCAAGCGAAAGCGGAUCUCGUGUACUUCACAAUGCGAAGGGAUGCUUGGUGGACGGAGUUAAGGAAGGUGGUGGAGAUGAUGGAGCCGUUGUAUCUCCUACUGCGGAGGAUGGACAAGGACGGGACUGCACCGUCAAACCUUGUGGAGUACGACCGACUCAUGGAGAGGAUGCUGGCGGAGGUUGUGCUCACACCCGAGCAACGAAGUUCUAUGCUAGAGAAGGUGAGGGACCACAUGAAGAUGAUGCGGCAACCGGUGCACGCGCUGGCUUUUCUUUUCGACCCGCGGAGGAGAGACCCGAAGUGGUUGCUGGACCAGGAUAGCACACUUGUGCAGAACGCGCUGCGUUAUUUGCAGAGGCAAAUUGGUGGACCUUGGAAGUCCAAUGCGCACGUGGAUAUAUUAAGCGACCUGCGCGAGUUUCACAAGCGACCCACCGCAUACGACCCCAAGCGGAAGGACACGAAGAUGUGGGAUGAGGAUGCGGUCACGGAUGCUGAUUGCAUCUCGCCGUCGGAGUGGUGGGCAACACAUGGUGGCGAUGUGGAGCACUGCAACUCCGACGGAGCACGAACACCGACAUUGACAUGGUGCUUCGCCCCGGUCCGAUCGAUGCGGAUGAAGCGGAGGCCGAUCGUGGGUGAUGCGGAUCCCGAACGGUUGCAAAGGAGAAUGAGAGAGGACGAGCGGCGAGCAGCUAUACCAACCCGUAGAGAAAUGGAGAAACAAAAGAAGAAGGUUGGAGAGCAUGAACCAGAGCCUGUGCUGGAGAUGGGGCAGCAAGAGGAGGAGGAAGAGGAGGAGAUGGGCCAGCAAGACGAGGAGGAAGAACACGAGAUGGCCCACCAGGCGCAGGAAGAAGAAGAGAUGGAGGACGAAGAAGAAGAGGCUUGCAUGGAGCGGCAAGAGGAGGAGAUGGAACAAGACUAAGGGAAGGGCACGGACCAGCAAGAAGAGGGGUUGGAGGACCAACAUGCGGAACGGGUGGGAGAGAGCAAGAAGGAGCAGCAGCACGACG